UGGCGAAAGUGCGGCUGCGGAAGCGCAGCGAGGCCGGGGAGGAGAAAGCGAGCGCUGCUGCCGGGCUGCGGGGCUCCUGGCGCCAUGGGCCGCCUGCACUGCACGCAGGACCCGGUGCCCGAGGCCGUGCGCGGCGACAUGCAGCAGCUGAACCAGCUGGGCGCGCAGCACUUGGAAGGCAGAGGCAGGCAGAUCUCUGUGAAUUUGAGGGCAACCUAGUCUACAGAGUGAGAUUCAGGACAGCUCGAGCUAUACAGAGAAACCCUGUCUUGAAAAACAAACGAACUCCAACAAUUAAUAAAAUACAGUUCUCAGCCCUGACAGAAGUGCUUUUCCAUUUCCUAACUGAGCCCAAAGAGGUGGAGCGCUUUCUGGCUCAGCUCUCGGAAUUUGCCACUGCCAAUCAGAUGAGUCUUGGCCCCCUCAAAAGCAUCAUGAAAAGCCUCCUUCUGGUUCCGAAUGGUGCAUUGAAGAAGGGCCUCACUGCCGAGCAGGUGCGGACUGAUCUCCUGACUCUAGGUCUUAGUGAGGAGAAAGCCACUUACUUUUCUGAAAAGUGGAAGCAGAAUGCCCCAACCCUUGCACAGUGGGCCAUAGGCCAGACCCUGAUGAUUAACCAGCUGAUUGAUAUGGAGUGGCGAUUUGGAGUGACAUCUGGAAGCAGUGAAUUAGAGAAAGUGGGAAGCAUAUUUUUACAGUUAAAGUUGGUGGUUAAGAAAGGAAAACAAACUGAAAACGUGUAUAUAGAGUUAACAUUGCCUCAGUUCUACAGCUUCCUGCAUGAGAUGGAGCGAGUCAGAGCAAGCAUGGAGUGUCUCAGCUGAUCCGUGUUCCCUGCUCCUGCCUCUCCCUAAUGGCUGCUGCAGGGGCCCACCACCUUGGGAGCCCAGGUGCAGUUUCUGAAAAAACAGGGCCCCGUACUUGAGGAGUCCUGCUUGACUCCUCUGUAAGCUCCUCAUGGGAACUGCCACUUCCCAUCUCCUGGGAUGAGUUUUACACCUAGCCGCUCCGACAGCCAUUACGUCUAGGAUUGUUUUCCUUCUUUUGGGGGGUAUUGUCACCUCCUAUUAAACAGAGUAAACAAAUGGUUCCUUCA